GACCCGCCUUCCCCCCCGUGUCGGAUGCAGGCGGGUUUGGGGGGCAGCGAGUCACCCCCGCUCUGCUGUGCCCGACCCGUGCCCCGUGGGGUCUCAGAGCAAACUAUAUUGGGGUACCCUUCAGUGAGGGGCCUGGAGUCCCCAGGAUGAGCAGGGAGGCUCCCUCGGGCCUGGAGGGCAGGGUGAGGAAAACACUGCGGAAGGUCUUCGGGUUCGAGUCCUUCAAGACUCCCCUGCAGGAGAGCGCGACCAUGACUGUGGCGAGAGGUGAGAAGGAUGUCUUUGUGUGCAUGCCCACAGGGGCAGGGAAAUCCCUGUGCUACCAGCUUCCUGCAGUUCUGGCAGUGGGCAUCACCAUUGUCAUUUCACCUCUGAUUGCACUGAUUCAGGAUCAAGUGGAUCACCUGCUGGCUCUGAAGAUCAAAGCCUGCUCUCUGAACUCCAAACUGUCUGCCCAGGAGAAGAAGACCAUCCUGGCUGACUUAGCAAGUGAGAAGCCCCAAGUAAAGCUCCUGUACAUCACCCCAGAGAUGGCAGCUGCCUCUUCCUUCCAGCCAACACUGAACUCUCUGGUGUCCAGGAACCUCCUGUCCUACCUGAUCAUAGAUGAGGCUCAUUGUGUGUCCCAGUGGGGACACGAUUUCCGACCCGACUACCUGCGCCUGGGCGCUCUGCGCACCCGCAUCCCCGGCACGCCCUGUGUUGCCCUGACUGCCACUGCCACCAGGCAGGUCCAGGAGGACAUCGUGGCAGCUCUCAAGCUAAAGCAGCCACUUUCCACGUUUAAGACUCCUUGCUUCAGAUCCAACUUGUUCUAUGAUGUGCAGUUCAAAGAGCUCUUGGCUGAUCCUUACGCCAACUUGAAGGAUUUCUGUCUGAAGGCGCUCGAAGUGAAGGACACCACUGGGGUGUACUCGGGCUGUGGGAUCGUGUACUGCAGGAUGAGGGAUGUGUGUGACCAGCUGGCCAUUGAACUGAGCUGCCGAGGGGUGAAAGCCAAGGCCUAUCACGCAGGACUCAAGCCAGCUGACAGGACUUCCAUCCAGAAUGAAUGGAUGGAGGAGAAGAUCCCUGUUAUUGUUGCAACCAUCAGCUUUGGAAUGGGAGUAGACAAAGCAAACGUCAGGUUUGUUGCCCACUGGAAUAUUGCCAAGUCAAUGGCUGGGUAUUACCAAGAGUCUGGCAGAGCUGGGAGGGAUGGGAAGCCAUCCUGCUGCCGCCUCUAUUACUCAAGGAAUGACCGGGAUCAAGUCAGCUUCCUGAUUAAGAAGGAGCUCUCCAACAUCCAGGAAAAAAAAGGCACCUUAAAAGAAUCUGACAAAGCUGUGAUGAAAGCUUUUGAUGCCAUUGUGAACUUCUGUGAGGAGCUGGGAUGUCGCCACGCUGCCAUAGCCAAGUACUUCGGUGAUGUCACCCCACCUUGUAACAAGUGCUGUGAUUUCUGCAAGAACCCAGGGGCAGUGAAGAGGCAACUGGAGUCACUGGAACGCUGCACCAACAACUGGAGCAAAACCUGCAUCGGGCCCACUGGUUCCUCCUGGGAUGCCUACGACCCAGAGCUGUACGAAGGCGGGAGGAGAGGCUGCAGAGGUUUUAGCAGGUACGAUGAGGAAAGCAGUGGGAAUUGGGAUGAAGACAAUGAAGAGCGUCGGAAGCGGGAGUGGGACAACUUCUACAAGAAGCAGAUGAGUCUGCGCAAGGGCAAAGAACCAGAAAAGGAAGAUUUUGUUCCUCCGAGUGCAGACUGUCCCCUUAAGGACGCUGGCAGCAGGAGGAUCUCAAAGCUCACAGUGAAGGGACGGGAACACUGCUUGAAGAUGCUGGAAGAAGCUUUGAGCAACAACCGGAAGAAUCCAGCAGCAGGAGGAAAAGGGUCAGACCCUCAUGCCUGUGCAGUGGAAAUGGAGUAUGAAGCUUUCCAGACCAGCAAAAUGGCAAAUUCAUACAAGGCAACUGUGCUAAAGAAGGUAGCAGAAAUCAACAAAGCCUCCAAACAAGGAGAGUUGUUCUCAGUUUUUGGGUCUGGAACUGGUGGCAACAGCAGUUUGGAAACAAAAUCUGGGUCUCCAACAGAACAGGACUUCCUCCCUGCAUCCCAGGUUUACUCAUUCAAACCCAAGCGUGUGGGAGCAGGAUUUCCAAAGAAAUCCAACUUGUUCCAGACAGCCUCAGAACUGCUGAAGAUCCAGGAGGAGAGUGAUGCAAAGCCUGUCAAAAAAGAAGUAGAUUGUCCAAAUGGGCAAGACAACAGCAGCUGCAGCCUGGAACUGGACACCAGAAACACUGUUGUCCAGAGGGAAGAAACAGCAACCCAAGCAAUGUGUGAGAGUGCUGGGGUAGAAAUACACCCUGAAAAGAAGGGACAGCAACCCAGUCUAGACACAAAGGCUGCACUUUGGGAGAGCCCCACUAAGAAGUCCAAACGUAGCAAGAAGCAGCAAAUGCUCGCAGAAGCAGCUAAAAAAGAAUCACAGGAUAUUUCCAAAUUCUUCUCCCUCUCCAAAGGUGGCUCUAAAGCCAAAAGUUGCAGCUCAGCAAAGGAGGAGGGCUGUUCUGCAAGCACACUACCUCAGGUUUCUUCUCAAAGCACGUGUCAAGAGAAACCAACACCUCAGGAAGGCAGAGAUGUCUCUGGAGAUCUGACUGGACAGUCCCAGGCAGAGAAUAAAGAACUAAGAGCAACAGAAGUAACACAGACUGAGAAGGGGGAGGAUUUUAAGACCCAGCAGGCUGCUGAAUCUGAACUCCUUCAGGGAGAAAUUGAUGUAAAGUCCAGUGUUGCUGAAAAUGUCUCAGAAACUGAGUUACCUGUUGUUGGGGAAGGUGAGAGUGGGAAGCGGGCAGGAUCAGUUGAGGAUAUGGAAAGUCCCGCAACAAAGCGGCUGCGGACAGUGGCAAAACCUUCUAUUCUGUCCCAGCCAGAAUGCAAAAGUGCUGGUCCAACAAAGAAGAAGGUGACUUUUGAUUCAAACUUAGAACAGUGUGAUAAAGAAGGAACCAGCAAGACCAUACAGCCAGUGACAAAAGGCGUGUCCCUCAAAGACACUGCAGACAUCGUUGUCAAAUAUUUGACCCCGUUCUACAAGGGUGGCAAAUUUGCUUCCAAGGAGCUGUUUAAGGGCUUUGCCCGGCACCUGUCUCACUUACUGACCCAGGAGCAGAACCCUGCCCGCAAGACAGUGAAGGAGGAAGCGCAGAGGCUCAUCAAGGAGUUUUUCAAAACAAGGGUCAGGUGUGAGAGUGAGGCAGACUGGCAGGAGCUGCAGAGCUGGGAGAGCUGAUCUGUGCAUCCUGUUGGUUGUCUUUCUUCCUCCAGCAGCAUGACCAGGGGAUCUUGAAGAACUCUGCCAUGGAGGGUUUUGUGAGACUGCAGAAGUGAGAUUUUUUUUUUUUUCCUCCCACUGCAUUUUUGCUCACUUCUGUCCUUAGUGACAAACAGUUCCAGAAAACCAGUUUCUGUGAACUUACAGAGAGUUUCUCCAAUAACUGGGGUGCUGAAGCCCUCGAGGACCAAGAGGUGUGAAGUUGCAUCUGCUGUGUUUAUUAGGGGCUGCUGCCUGAGAUGUUCUGCACUGUCUCCAACCUCUACUCCCUGCAGCAGUCUGGGAAGGGCUCAGACUUUCCAGCUGGGACUCUGCUUUAGGAUGGCAUCUUGUUCCUAGAUGGCUCCUCCCCUCACUCCCUGUCUUAGUUCUUAUUUCAGUGUUACCACUAGAAGCCUUAUGCUACAUGUUCUUAUGCUUUGCUCAGGGCUGCCAAUGACAAACCCCAUGGUUGAGUUCCUGCAUGGAAUGUUUUCCUUUGAAGGGCAGGAGGGAAGUGUUUUGUUCUUACCGUGCAGGCAAUGCCUACUUUCUGAGGGUGAAGAAACUGGAAUUCUUUUUCUUUUAAUGUGAAUUUUUUUUAAACUUUGUCUAGUUUUGUCUGCCCUUUAACUUAAGUAGUGAUGCUCUUUCAGUGUUAACCUCAACAGCACUUUCCAGCAUUUUCUUAUAACCCCUAAAGCCAUAUUUGCCCCCUGUGCCUCACCAAAAGUCUGCAAUACAGAGGGCAAUGCUGCUGUUAGAACUGGUUCAGGUACUGCUGUGGCCCUCAAAUUGACACUGUGGUGUCUCUGCUGCUAUGUUUAUAUGGGACCUAACCUGAUUCCCUGGCACAAGUCCCUCCUGUUGGAUUUUUAUUGGGUUCUGCCUUUGUUCCAUGCCCACAGAGGCUGGUGGCCUCAGGCACUAGUGCUGCUGAGGGAUCUGCAGCUGAGAGGCCAUCGGUCAGGCUUUUGGAGCAUUGUACUCCACAGAUGUAUUUUUUUAGAUGUACUAAAGUAUAUGCAGAACUGACAAUAAAAUAAUGUUAUAGCUGCU